AUGGGAGAGGCCAAUGACAAGCCAGGUUUCCUCACCAUCGAGGCGAAGCCUUACCCAUUUACCUUCCCCCUGAAACAUACAGCAUUGCUGGUCAUCGACAUGCAGCGCGAUUUCAUCUGCUCUGGAGGCUUUGGAGAGAUCCAAGGCGGAAAUCUCGAGGCCGUGCAGGCUUCGAUUGGCCCGACCAAAUCACUUCUGGAAGCAUGCCGCCAUGCUGGAUUGCCAAUCUUCCACACCAGAGAAGGCCAAGUUCCUUCUCUGGCCGACUGUCCUUCGUCCAAGCUCAUUCGACAAGCUGCGGCUCCUGGCAAUACGCAGCAUCGGAAAGUCAUUGGUGACAAGGGCGAAAUGGGUCGUCUGCUAGUUCGUGGAGAGUACGGCCACGAUAUAGUGGACGAACUUCAACCACUGGCCUCCGAGGUCGUCAUUGACAAGCCUGGCAAGGGGUCCUUUUGGAAUACACCGAUUCUUCACAAAUUGAAGGCUCGAGGUAUCACCCAUCUUCUAGUCUCCGGUGUCACUACUGAAUGCUGCUUUUCUACUUCCAUCAGAGAGGCCAACGAUCGAGGUUUCGAGUGCUGUGGUAUCACUCAGAGCACGGCGGGCUACAACCCGGCUUUCAAAACUGCAUCACUGGACAUGAUUUCUUGGUCACAAGGUCUCUUUGGAUUUGUGGCAGACCUUCAACCUGUUCUGGAUGCGCUUUCUCCCUGGCAGAAAAAGAGCAAUGGAGUCAGCACUCCUCCUCAAACACCACCCACUUGGGACGGGAAGCUGGGGAUUCCCGACCUGCAGAGAGCAUACCGAAAGGGACUCUCGCCGAUGGAAGUGGUCAAUGCUGUAUUUGACCGAAUUGAGAAAUACGAUGACGUUGAUCCAGCGGUGUGGAUCAAGCGAGAAUCAAGAGAUGCCGUUCUUGAAUCUGCCAGGCACCUGCUCGAGCUCUAUCCAAACAGGAGCGCUCUCCCGCCCCUAUUUGGGGUUCCUUUUACAGUCAAAGAUUCCAUUGACGUCCAGGGAAUCGAGACCACAACGGCAUGUCCCCCGCUGGCAUUUGUAGCCACCAAAUCAGCCGCAUGUUACCAGAAAGUCAUCUCACAGGGCGCUCUGUAUCUAGGAAAAGUCAACCUAGAUCAAUUGGCAACCGGACUGAGCGGCUGUAGAAGCCCGUACGGGGUCCCUCACUCCGUUUUCAGCAAAGACCACAUCUCAGGCGGGAGCAGUUCUGGAAGUUGCGUCUCUGUGGGUGCUGGUCUUGCGACAUUCUCGAUCGCAACAGACACAGCUGGUUCUGGACGUGUGCCAGCUGGUUUCAAUGGUGUGGUGGGAUUCAAGCCCACGCGUGGAUUGGUGUCAUUUGAAGGUGUUACCCCAGCUUGCCUGUCACUCGACUGCAUUGCCUUCACCGCCAAAACGGUGGAAGACGCUCGGACGCUGUGGCAAGUCUGUGAAGAGUACGAUGAGAAUGACCGCUACGCAAGAGACACGUUUCCCGCUGAACGACAUGUCAACGCAUUGGGAACUCAACAUGAGGCAUUCCGCAUGGGCAUCCCUCCUCCUGAGCUUCUCGAGGUGUGUUCGCCUACUUUCCGCAAAUUGUUCAACGAAGCAAUCAAGCGGCUACAGAGCAUGGGUGGAAUCUUGGUGCCUAUUGACUGGACUCCUUUCCAAAAAGCUGGAGAUCUGCUCUACGAGGGCACUUUUGUCUCAGAGAGACUGGCCAGCUUACCGGAUGAUUUUCUGGAGAGGAAUAGGGUUCACCUGCACCCGGUCACCUUAGAGCUCUUUGAGAAAGUCGUGGCACGACAGAGCACGGCGGUGCAGUUGUUCCGCGACCUGCAAACCAAGGCGCUGUGCACGCGACAAGCCACAUCCCAGUUUGCGUCCGCGGACAAGUUGGGGAUGGACGUCUUGGUGGUUCCGACAGUGCCGGAGCAUCCAACCAUUGAGGCGAUGCUGGCAGAUCCAAUCCGACUGAAUGCAAAGAUGGGGACUUUUACACAUUUUGCCAACGUGCUGGACAUGUGCGGAGUGGCGUGUCCAGCAGCAGAGUACUUGUCCGGCGAGGCUGGACCACGACUGCCCUUCAGCAUCACCUUUUUAGGGUGUCGGUGCUUAGAUAGUGAGGUGUUGGAGAUAGCCAGUCGGUUCCUGGAGGGUAUGCCGCGGGAAGUAUGA